AUGGCGUCGGGGGGAGGGGGGGCGGUGCUGGUGACCCGGAUGUAAAUGGUUCAUCACAGGGCGGGAGGACACAAGACAGGCGACCCCGCUCGCGGCACGUAGCCGUGCACGUCAUCGGGCUGGGACGCGGGGCGAUGGGGACCGCUCUGGACAUCAAGAUCAAACGGGCCAACAAGGUCUAUCUCUGCGGGGAAGUUCUUUCUGGAGUGGUGGUCAUAACGAGUAAGGAUGCAGUCCAACACCAGGGUGUCUCCUUAACGAUGGAAGGAUCAGUAAAUCUGCAGCUCAGUGCCAAAAGUGUUGGUGUGUUUGAAGCUUUCUAUAACUCUGUUAAGCCUAUUCAAGUUAUCAACAGUACCAUAGAAAUGGUAAAACCAGGAAAACUUCCCAGUGGCAAAACAGAAAUUCCUUUUGAGUUUCCAUUGCAUAUGAAGGGCAACAAAGUUCUAUACGAGACAUAUCAUGGUGUGUUUGUCAAUAUUCAGUAUACCCUUCGGUGUGAUAUGCGACGUUCUCUACUGGCCAAAGACCUGACUAAGACUUGUGAAUUCAUUGUCCACUCACCACCUCAGAAAGGGAAGUUGAUGCCAAGCCCAGUGGACUUCACAAUUACACCUGAAACCUUACAGAAUGUUAAGGAGAGAGCCUCGCUCCCAAAAUUUUUCAUCAAAGGUCAUCUCAACUCAACUAACUGCAUCAUUACACAACCGCUAACUGGGGAGUUGGUGGUGGAGAAUGCAGAAGCUGCAGUCAAAAGUAUUGAGCUACAGUUAGUACGUGUGGAAACUUGUGGUUGUGCUGAAGGUUAUGCUAGAGAUGCUACAGAGAUUCAGAACAUUCAGAUUGCUGAAGGGGAUGUCUGUAGAAGCUUGUCUAUUCCAAUAUACAUGGUAUUCCCCAGGCUGUUUACCUGCCCUACACUGGAAACUACAAAUUUCAAAGUUGAGUUCGAAGUUAACAUUGUUGUCCUCCUGCAUGAUGAUCAUCUCAUCACAGAAAAUUUCCCACUGAAGCUCUGCAGGGUGUGAAUAUCCACAGGAGAAUUGCUAAUGGAGGAACAAGGAAAUUCUUCAGCUACCAAAUGGAAAUUCAGUUCAUAUCUUCAAGCUUAUUUUAAUUGAAGGACUAAAACAUUUGCUCAUCUCACUAUUGACUUCUUUGUUGGAAGGGAGUGCACUUCUCUGUAACUCUUACCAAACACUGUCUAUCUUCUGAUAUUAUUAAUUGAUGUGCUUUUCUGCUGAGAUUCUUGCCAGGUAUCUCUUUGAAUUCAACAGCCAUGAUUCCCUUUCUCUCUCUCUCUCUCUCUCUUUCUUUUUUUUUUUUUUUUUUUUUUCUUUUUCCCCCUCUUCUCUUAAGAACCCUUAAGGGAUGUUUUUUGCACAUUCCUGUCAUGCACAACACACAGUACGUUUCUAUGAGUAAUUCAUAAUUUAACGCUUGUGCCAACUCUUUAAAUGUUUCCUUUAUAAGGAUCCUUGUAUCUAAACAGCUAACAGGCCCUGCUAUGUAUUGGUGCUUGAAGGAGAGACUGUGAGAUUAGAUGUUUCAUAAGCCGCCUCAUCAUAUGGAUGCUGAGAAACUUACUGUUCAGGAGAUGUUUUGAGGCAUUUGAAUGGUGCUACAGAAUUGCAACACAGUGUUACUGGAGCAGCAUCACACAAAGAAUAUGAAAUGAAAGGAAACUAAGUAUGUUUCAGUUAGAUUGGGAAGUGAAUCCAUUAAUCAGGGGAACAACCUCAGAGCUAAAGCUUUUUAUUGUAACAAAGUUGAUACAACUAUCACAUUCUAGUUAGCUUGGUCAGUUACUUGCAUAAGUUCUACUGCUUUGAGAGGACCGAACUGUCAAAAGAGGUUCUAGCUUGCAGUUGUACCAGACCUCCUGCUCUUGAUUAGCCACUCCACGUUAAUUUCUUUCCACCUACAACUGAGUUCUUUACCUAAAAUCUAGUUGUGGUGUGAAAAUGUGGGUUCUUACUUUGCUCUUGUGGCAACAGGCAUCAGAUGAAAGCUGCUGUCAGUAUGCUUGGCUGCUACAUUGUAGACUAGCUCUUUCCUGUGCCUGACUUUAUUGCAAGGUAGAAUGCUUUACUAAAGACUGCAUAAACAUAUGUAUGUUUUGACCACCCCAGUUAACGUUUUGCCUGCAAUAUGGCAUUAUAUGGGUAAUUAUCUGAGCCAGUUACUAGCUGCUUCCCCUUUCAUUGGACGGUUUAGUUGACAUUUGCAGAAUAUGUCAAGGUGUAACUAUGUUAGGGGGCAUGGGAAAGGGGAAAUGCUCCAGGCAGAAAUGAAUUAUUUUUUACUAUUUACUGAUAAAAGCCUUUUUUUUCUUCAGUUAGAACAUCUUUAUUGGGUAGACAUGCUUAAACUGCUACAGCAGGAACUAAACCAGGAGACUGUCUUGUUUUGGGGAGGUGGUGUAGGGUAGAAGAACUGUGUUUUUAAUAACGUAAGAAAAAUGUAUGUAUAAAGGCAAAGUGUGCUUUUUCUGAAUGUAUUUUUGCAAAUAAAACCAUCUGGGGAGGGGGAAGGAGGAAGAGGCACUGCAAAACAAAAUGAGCAGGUGCCUAAAACAUUAACUCAAUCUUGAAGUAAAGACACUUGACAAAACAUCUGAUUCUGGCUUUACCCUUCCCGUCAUCCAACAGAAAAAUACAAAAUUUUCCAGCUGGUCUGGCAUCUGGUCUGGCUGAUGGCAGAAUCCUUGUUCAGCAAUUUCUGUAUUUUAAGGAAUUAAAAACUUGAAGUUCUAAAAAACUAGUUUAACAAUUUGCAGUAUCAGCACAACAUGUUGGCAUUAAAUAAUAACACAAUCCUCUCCUCAGCCACUACAAAAACAGUGUUUGCAAGUGAUCUGGAAAUAUUAUCACAAGAUAAUUUGGUGGGGAAAUGAAGUCUGUGACUUUCAAAUAGGCGGGAUGGUACUAGACUGCCAGCUAUUGGCCAGUACCAAAAUGGCCAUGUGAAUUUACAGAUUUUUAGCGAUCUUUUGUAAGCAUGUAAUGAACAUCUAAUGGAAACAAUGUAUAAAUAACACUGCUGUGAAUCCUGUAUUUAGUUUAGAGAGUACUGGCAUUGUAUCCUUGCAUUGUCACAGCAGGAACAGUUGACCGACACCCUCCAGCACAGGCCUAUGCCAACCUAGAUCAUCCCACUGAAGUGCUUGUUCAAAUGUGACACCUGCUGGAGUGUGUGAGACAAACUAUGAAGAUUAUUCUGGAUCUGCUAGAGAGGAGAGCAUGUUAAAGCUCGCAGCUAAUCUUGCUACAUGGAUGAUACCCUUUCCGCUAGUAAUAUCAAUGUAAUGGAAGGAACACUAUUUAUUUUCCUUAGGGCAGAGAGAGCACAUGAGUCCUCCCCUUCCAUUUACUAAGCCAUUUGGCUGAAAAGAUGCAGGGUGGGGGAAAAGAUUGCCCUCCAAAAGCUAAGCUAUGAUUAGCAGGAAGUCACGUAUAUUACCUUCCUUGUGCUUCACUGUCAUCUGUUUCUUUAUUGUUCAGGUAUGAAAGACUCUUGCUUGGAUCUUUGAACACAGUGGUCCAGUUACUAUGUACUGUUUACAGCAUAAACAAUAGAUUUUUGCCCCCAUGUUGAGAGUGGGGAGAUGGUAAUUAGUGGGCCCCAGAACCUUAAAUUACCAGGUGUUUUUUUUUUUAAGACAUUGUUUUUCUGCUCUUCAGAAUUUGGGAUUGGUGGAAGCCCAGAGACUCUCAUCUGUACUCUAUUUACAUUUUUCAUAGUCUCUCUUCAUCACUACAGAGAGGUUUGGGGCUUUUUGACAGACUAAUCUUUACCAUGAAUUGAAGUUGAUGACUCUGCUCCUCUAUACUCAAAUGUUAGCAGAGCUGGUCAAAUUCCAAGGCACAAAUUAAAAUGUGACUUGCUAUAGAGUGACAGUUUUUCUUUACUUCUAGCAGCAUUAAAACUGGAAAGUAAGAACAUCCAGAAAAGGCUGUGACUUCUUGACUUUUUCCUCAGCCCUCAAUCUUCUAUUAAUUCAAAGCCCUUCAGCAGUAUUCCAUAGGUCAAAUUUGAAAGUCCCCAAAACUGUUUGAUCUCACUGAAACAACUAUGAUCUAGCCCCUAAGCCACAACCAUUAAUACUGAAUAGCUUUUAACAAAUCUCUUUAUUUCACACCAUUAGGGGAAUAUCAUUAAAUCACAAUCUAACUAGUUUUAUUAUCCUUUUCUAAAUUUUGUUGAUCAUAACCAGUUUUCUAGACUAUGGCCCUUCAAUAUUAGUUCAUGACCGUAAGCCUGCGUCUGUGAAGUUUUGUCCUGCUCAUUUCAGGAGAGGUAGCUAUUGCUUGCAGUGAACUAAUUUUUUUGUUCAUCUAACCUAUCUGAAUUCUGAAGCAGUUUGGACUUUUAAAGUGAGCUACUGAUGGUAAUCAUUCAAACUUCCCCUUUUAAGCUGGAAAUUAUGUGAAGUAGCAUUUUCCCUUUCAAGUCUGUGGACUGGUCUACAUCUGCAUAGCUACAUUGCUUGAGGAUGUGAAAAAAACCACACCCCAGAGUGAUGUGUUUAAGCUGAUUUAACUGCAGGUGUAGACAGCAUUAGGUUGAUGGAAGAGUUCUCCCAUCAGCCUACCUACUGCCUCUCUCUGGGAGGUGGAUUUCCUAACCAACAGAGUGCUUCCUGUCAGCAUGGGGAGCAUCUUCAGUGAAGUGCUAUAGUAGUACUGCUGCAGUGUUUUUCAAGUGUGGGCAAACCCUCAGGAAGGGGGAUUAUCUACGCUGCCAGGAAAACCCCUGCCUGUCAGCAUAGGCAGUGUCUACACUGAAGAGCUACUGCAGUGCAGGUGCACUGCUGUAGCAUUUUAAGGAUGGAUGAGCCCUGCUAGGUCUGUCACACUUUUCUAAGAGCAAGGAAAUCUCUAACUGAACUAGUUAGAAAGCUCAUACUUAAAACCAAAGUGGAUGAGAUCUGUAAUCAGCAAUCCACCCUUAAAAAUACUUCAGACUGUAGCAAGGGAGAGUGGCUGUAGUAAAUGUUUAAUUCAAAUACCCAGCUAGCUCUUUGAUGCUUGUUUUGCAGUUUCCAAAUAGAAGACCGUCCUAUCUAGCUGACUUCUCCAAGUAAGUGAGAUUCAGGACCUAGCACUGAGCAGUUUUCAAAGUUUUGGUUUUUUCAGUUCUGGAAUGCUAGAAUACACUUCUGCACCAAGAGGUGAAGUCUGCAGCUGCAGAAUGCAUGGAGUCCUUGCUGUAGUGAAAUCUUAGAUACUGUUGUGACAAGUGCUUUUUAAAAAUGUGUAUGAAUGAAUGCACAUUAGUCUUAGUCACUGAAGGACCUGCACUACUGGCCAUGCCCAAAAGCAAAACCAGUAGCUCACAGAUUUAUAUCCGGUAACACUGUGGAGGAAACAUGGCCUAUUCUAAAGUUGUAUAUAUUGAAAGUAGGGUAGGUGCUGAUUGUGCAGGGGCCCUUAUGGUGAGGAGCUGCCAUGUUAUUCUACACCUUGUAACCCACAACAAUGGAAAGGAGUUGGAAACACACUGUCAUCACCAAUUACUGCUUCAAUUACUACUAGUCCCUCCACCCAUCCAAACACCUCCCCUCCCAGUAAUGCUAGUGAGCACGCAUCUCUAUCUCCAACUGCUUUUUUCUCCUUUUUCCUUUCUGAUGCUGGAUGAGUCUAAGCUGGGAUGGGGGCAGCUGGGAGUCUCAUUCCCAACCUCUAGGCCAGGGGUGCAGCAGGCAGCUUCUUACACGCAAAGGUGCGGUGCUGGGGAGCAGGGCUGAUCACCCUGACCUUUUAAGGAGGCAUUGGGAGAGUGGGGAAAUGGAAAAAAGGAGUUUUGCCCGUUCCACAUGCUGAGGAAGGAAGGAAGCCUCAGAGCACAAGUAGCAGCUUGGAUUGACUGUACAGACUGGUGGGCUUUCCUUCUAAACCUGGAGGAGAACCUGAAAGCUCACAGUAUUGGCAACCCCCCACAUAUUUGCAUACACAAAAACCUAGCAUUGCUUUUCCAUCCUCCCAUCUGCAGGAGCUUCCUCUUUUCAGGCCUGUCUGGAGGUAGCAGGAGUUCUUCAUUCCUAGCAGGGGGCCUGAUCUUCACCCCUCAAGCUGGGGUGCAAGAGGAGCCAGAAGAAAGCAACUGCAUGGGGCUGAGCAGUGGCUGUGGCAAGUACUGACUGUCUGGGCAAGCAGCUGGUUGAUUGGCCCUGGGGUUGGGGGCAAGACUAGAGCAGCACAGCCAGUGAGUUGGGUGUUGUCACACUAGGGAUUUAUACCAUAUCAACCUAUAGAUUUGGCAGGGCUGAGACUGACACAACUGGAUUACUUAACAGUGGACUUUUAAGGUAAAGAGUUAUAAUAUCUGAUAUUGCUGUGGGGUGGGCUCUGCAGCUAAGGCAGUUGCUCGGUGAGGGUGUGGCCACUUUUACAGGUUUCACUGGGUUUUGUAGCGUUCAAGCAUGCUUUCCAAAACGGCUCUUGAAACCCACCCCCCUCUUAGCUACCACUGUACUUCACCAUCCUCCUGGCUGUGGUGCUCUGAGGAGGACCAUUGAAGCAGGGGAGUGGGGGGAGUUCGACAGGAAGAGCAGCACUAACUCCAGAGCAAGGUGUAAAGAGAUCUCAGCACUGAAUAUGGACAGUCAUAAGGAGCGGAAUUUUUUUAAUUGAAGUCUGCCCUGCAUUUGACAGUGUGAAAACACAACAAAUACUACUCCUGGGGGAGCUCAGGUACCUACCAUGCAGAAUUUUUCUCUCAGAAAAUACAUUCUGCCAGAAGAUGCAGCAGUUACUCCUUUCGCCCAGCGGGGGCUGCUGUGGCACCAGAACAGAGAGCAGCUGCAGAUAGAGAAGAGAAAAGAUGCUACCUUCCCCACAGUGCUCUGCCUAUGGGGCCAGCCAGAUCAGUGCAUUGAGUUAUAUGGGGACAGGUCACAGACUGGAGUAGUUGGGGGGACAGAGUGGGUAGAAGCUGAAUGGAGGUGGGGGGUGCAGGAACACAGGGAUAGUGGGGUGGCUGAGUAGGGGCACAGGAACUGGACAGGGGUGUAAGACCACAUAAGGGGAGGGGGUUAGCUGAAUGGUGGUGUGGGGCAACGAGGAGGGGGUGGCUGAGUGGGGGGUGCAAGGCCACAUAGGGACGGGGAGAAGGUGGUUGAGUGGAGGUGCAAAGAUGCGGGGGGAGGGAGAUGCAAGGUUGCAUAGGGAUGCGGGGAGGAUGAGUGGCUGAGUAGGGGUGCAGGGACACAUUGGGCUGGGGGGCAGAUGUACCUGACUGAAUGAGAGAGGCUAAGGGUGAGCCAGGAUUUGCAGAGUGGAGGCUCCUUAACAAUCCCUUCCUACAC